AUGGAGCUAACCACCUUGUUGGUAGCUGUUGUGGUGUUUGUCGUCGCCUACGCCUGGUUCCAGAGACCUGACCCACACCUGCCCCCCAGCCCUCGACGACCACUGCCCAUAUUUGGUCAUCUGUUCUACAUGUCGUCAGAUCCACGCACUCAGUUCAAAGGCUGGAGAAAACAAUGUGGUGACAUCUACAGUUUGUACAUGGGGAAGACUUUGGUGGUUGUACUUAACGGCUACGACCUCAUCAAGGAAGCCUUGGUCAAGAAAGCAGACGUUUUUUCUGACAGACCGCCAUUUUUCCUUGAUAAGACAAUUGGACUAGAGGACCACGGAGUCAUAUUCUCCAGCGGCGCCCUCUGGAAGGAGCAAAGAUCCGUGAGUUUGUCCAUCCUGAGAGCUUUUGGUAUGGGCAAGAACCUUUUGGCUGAUAAAAUACAAGAAGAGGUUGGCUGUUACACGAACUAUCUGGCAAGUCUGAAAGGGAAACCCACUGAUAUACGAGUGAUGACUAACAUUAGUACGUCAAAUGUUAUUUGCUCCAUUCUGAUUGGUCAUAGAUUUGAGUACACAGACACAGAGUUCCAAGACCUUAUUAAAAAACUUGGAGCUCUUGUCUGCGACCAGCAGAAUGUCAGUUUAGUCCACUUUUUCAUGUGGCUCAGACAUCUCCCUGGAGAUUUCUUCAAAGCGAAAAAGAUGUCAGUAAACAUGAAUGCAAUAAUGGAUGCAUUAAGUAAAUUUCUCGUAGAAAAGAAGCGACACAUAGAAGACGCCAACGACGUCUGCAAUCUUAUAGAUGCAUAUAUUAUUGAAAGGAACAAAAAACUGAAAGCUGGCAUAUCGACAACACUUAAUGAUCGAAAUUUACUAAAGAUCAUGAUUGAUCUGUUUGGGGCUGGAACCGAAACGACAAGUACAACAAUCUAUUGGUGUGUUCUGUACAUGCUCCACUACCCUGACGUUCAAAACAAAGUUCAUCAAGAAAUCAAAAGUCAGAUAGGGACAGAUCGAGCUCCAACCAUACAGGACAAGUCUAAACUUACUUACCUGAAUGCUGUCAUUAUGGAAACCCAACGGCUGGCAAGUAUUGUCCCACUCUCUUUGACCCACCUGUGUUCAGAAGAAGCAGCUUUGGGAAAGUAUGUUCUACCUAAAGGAACCUACAUCAUGCCCAACCUGGACUCUGUUCUCCACGACAAGACCAUCUGGGGAGAAGAUGCCAUGAGUUUCAGAGCCGAGCGCUUCAUUGACAACAACGGCAAGUUGGAGAUCCCUGAACAGUUCAUACCGUUCAGCAUUGGACGCCGUAUGUGCCUGGGCGAGGCUUUAGCAAAGAUGGAACUGUUUCUCUUUCUGUCUGCCAUGUUCCAGAAGUUCCAGUUUCUUCCUCCAUCCCCGUCCUCAGUCCCUGAGCUCAGUUAUGUCAGCGGUAUUGUAAUAACCCCAAAGCAUUACGAAGUUAGAAUGAUAGAGAGGAAGUAA